CGGAUCAGUUGUUAAUCUAACUUAAAGCUGAAUAGUCAUACGGACAGCAUAAUGUUGUUUACUAAAAAACCCUAUGUGGGUUUGCUGCUCUGCAGCUUGUUGGCCAUUUUCCAAACAAUUUCCGGGGAAGUGGGAAAGAUGGUCUGCUUCUAUGAUACACCAAGAUUGGCACCCAAUAGCCCCGCACCAAUCACACUGGCAGAACUGGAGCCCGCUUUGAAUUUUUGCAACUUUUUGGUCUACGGUUAUGCGGGAAUCGAUCCAGAGAAUUUUAAAAUUAUAUCCUUUGAUCUGCCCAGUGGGAACCACAUCAACGAUCUACGCAAGAAAUUCCCCCAUGUUCGGUUCCUGCUCUCCGUUGGCGGUGAUCGCGACAUAAACGGCGAAGGGGUGCCCGAUACUGGUAAGUAUCUAAGUUUGCUGGAACAGCCAGAGCAUAGGAGCAACUUCAGGGCAAGCGUUAUAUCGGAGCUCAAUAAAUUCGGAUUCGAUGGCAUCGAUCUGGCCUGGCAAUUUCCCAAGAACAAACCCAAGUUGCAGCAGGGAAUCCUGAAGAGGGCCUGGGGCAAGUUUCGUGGCUGGUUUAGUUCCACCUCAGUGGAUGAAAAGGCCGCAGAGCACAAGGAGCAGUUUGCGGCUUUAAUGGGAGAGCUGAGAACAGAUAUCCACCGAGCUGGCAAAAUGCUCAGCCUCACCAUGCUGCCGCAUGUCUCUGCCGAACUUUUUAUUGAUAUCCCAGUUGCGCUGAUGUAUGCGGACUUUGUCAACCUGGCCACCUAUGACUUCCAGACCCCGGAACGAGAUCCCAAGGUGGCUGAUCUUCCAGCACCCCUCCAAGCCAUGUAUGAGCGGGAUCCCAGUCACAAUGUCCAGUACCAGGUCCAGUAUUGGUUGAAUGCAACAGCGGAGAGGGACUUCAAUAAGCUGCAUAUUGGGGUGACCAGUUAUGGGCGUUCCUGGGUUAUGACCAGGAACUCUGGCAUCACAGGCUAUCCGCCCAUACCCGAGGCAGAUGGCCCGGCACCGGCGGGCAGUGCAGCCGGUAUACUCAGUUGGCCGGAGAUAUGCGAGCUGCUACAGCAACAGCCUACGGAUAGGGAGACACCGCAUCUGCGCAAGGUGGGGGAUCCGACCAAGAGGUAUGGCGUCUAUGCCUAUCGAGCGGCGGAUGACAAGGGCGAGAAUGGCCUCUGGGUGGGCUACGAGGAUCCCACAACGGCGGCCAACAAAGCUGCGUUUGCUCGAGCUCAUGGCUUAGGGGGUGUGGCCUUCCACGACCUGACUAUGGAUGAUGUACGCGGUCAGUGUGCAGGCGAAAAGUAUCCCAUUUUACGCAGCAUUAAAUAUAAGCUGUAGUGUGUUUUCUGUAAACAAUUGAUUGAUGAAAAUAUAUGUAUAAAAUUGUA